AUGAAGUUCCUCUCCCUUGCUCUGGUUGGCACAAUACUGCCUCUUGUCCACGCCAUCGGAAAUGCAGUAAUCACUAAUCACUGCGAAGCCACCAUCUACGUCUGGUCGGUGGCAUCAUCUAUCACGAACUACCAAGUAGUAGCGAGCAAUCAAUCCUAUACCGAGCAAUAUCGAAACGAUCCCCAGACCGGCGGGAUUACACUCAAGGUGGCCACAGUUACAGACGGAAUAUUCACCAAUUCUCCAGAGUUAGAUUACGGAUAUACCUUGGACAACCACACAAUCUGGUACGAUAUCUCAACUACUAAUGGCAACCCAUUUGCUGGUUCUAGUGUUGCUCUUGUGCCGUCAAUUGAAGGGAGUUGUCGGAGUUACAUCUGGGAAGAUGGGGUAUCACCACCGGGAAUUAAUACGGCCCCUUGCAAUGCCGAUAUGGAUAUGCUGUUGACAUUGUGUUAA